CACACACGUGAAGAUGGGGAAACAGAGGAAACAUGGGCCGAAUAAAUCCGGAUCUAAGUUUAAACCCGGGUUUAAGAGCAGACAGAGUAAAUGUGUGGUGAUGUUCGAUGAUAAAGACAGACAUGAGUUCCUCACAGGGUUCCACAAGAGGAAGGUGGAGAGGCGUAAAGCAGCAGUGGAGGAGAUAAAGAACAAACUGAGGGAGGAGCAGAAACGAGUCCGAGAGGAGAGACAUAAAGAGUACCUGAAGAUGCUGAAGGAGAGAAAGGAGGCACUUGAAGAUGCAGAUGAACUGGAUGAUGUCAUCACCUCGACCUCAGAGUCACUGCAGUACGAUCACCCCAACCACACGGUUACCGUGACGACCAUCAGCGACCUCGACCUGUCCGGCACCCGACUGCUGGAGUCUCUGACCAAUCAUCGGGCAGCAGGGGGGAGUGAUGAUGAAGGUGGAAAAGGUGAGGAGGAGAAGAAAGUGGAAGCCUUGCCCAGGAAAGCUGGAAAUCCUCUCCUGUCCAAAAAGAUCCAGUCUCUCUCAGCAUCGCUCCACUCCUUCACUAAACAGAAGAAGAAGAGUAAAGGUAAAAUGGACAUCAGGGGCCGGGGUCAACAGGGGGACAGGAAGUCGUCGGUUGCCGCUGGAAACAAGCAUCGCCUGGGGAAAACGACAAAGAAGCAGCGGCGCCGCAGAACGGGUCGGAAGGACCGGAGUCAGGACUGAACUCUGAUCUGAAGGAGAACCGACAGCGAUAAAGGAACCGAACACUCUUCUCAUCUUUGUUUAUUAAAGGUUAUGAAUAUUA